AGCAAACGAAUGAUAAGAUAAUAAAUAACUACUCCUUGUUGUGUUUCAUUGCAAUUUAUGUUAGUUUGUUCUAAGUUUGUAUAGAGAUUAGAUACAUACAUACAUACACAAGUGCUAGUAACUUUUCGAAUAGUUAAAAAUGGCUAAAGUUAGUGUAGAUUUGCAAGAUAUUGAGGAUAUUUUAGCUUUAAAUCCACGAGUUCGAGAUUCUUCCAAUUUCGUACCAUCUAGUGUAACCAAAGUAAACAAAGCCCAUUGGAAAAGGAACAUUGACAAAAAGUGUGAAAGUUGCAAUACCCUGGAAAACAACUUUUCCGACGUCAAACCGACAACUUUGAGCGAAAGAGCAGCUUUAAAAGAAGCAACAAGAUGUUUGAAGUGCGCGGAUGCCCCCUGUCAGAAAUCCUGUCCAACUCAGCUAGAUGUCAAGUCUUUUAUUACCAGUAUUGCAAAUAAAAAUUACUAUGGAGCAGCCAAAGCAAUUUUUUCGGAUAACCCACUGGGAAUAACAUGUGGGAUGGUAUGUCCUACGAGCGAUCUCUGUGUUGGCGGUUGCAAUUUACAAGCUUCUGAAGAAGGACCUAUUAACAUUGGUGGAUUGCAACAAUUCGCAACUGAGACUUUUAGUAAAAUGGGCAUCAGUCAAACCAGAGAUCCAAGAACGCCGAAGCCCAAAAAUCCGAAUGCAAAAAUCGUAUUAAUAGGCGCAGGACCGGCUUCGCUAUCUUGCGCUACGUUUUUAGGAAGACUGGGAUACGAUAAUAUCACAAUUUACGAAAAAAAUUCCGUUCUUGGUGGCUUAAGUGCCACAGAAAUCCCCCAGUACCGCUUACCUAUCAACGUAGUCAAUUUCGAAAUCAAACUAGUCCAAGAUCUAGGAGUCAAAAUCGAAACAGGCCGGUCCCUAUCCGUCAAAGAUCUCACCAUCGGAAACCUAUUGAAAGACUCUAAAGCUGUUUUCUUAGGCUUGGGACUACCGGAACCAAAAAUUAACCCUUUAUUCAAAGAUUUGACCUCCAAAACGGGUUUCUACACGUCGAAAAGCUUCUUACCCAAAGUAUCAGGAGCGAGUAAAAACCCUAAUGAUGGCGGUUGUCCCUGUAAACGAAACGCUGACAAGCUACCGAAGCUGCACGGAAACGUCAUCGUACUGGGAGCCGGUGAUACUGCUUUCGACUGCGCCACUUCGGCGUUGAGGUGUGGCGCGAAGAAAGUGUUCGUCGUGUUUAGACGAGGAUUUACUAAUAUCAGAGCUGUACCUGAAGAGGUUUCUGUAGCUGUUGACGAAAAAUGCGAGCUAGUAGGCUUCAUGGCACCCCAUUCAGUGAACGUAAAAGAUGGCAGAAUUGUUUCAGUAACCUUUAGCAGAACAGAACAAACUGAAGACGGGAAAUGGAUUCAAGACGUCGAUCAAUUAAACACGAUCAAAGCCAGUUUCUUGAUAUCAGCUUUUGGAUCAGGACUGGAGGAUCCAGACACUAUUGCUGCGCUAGCACCUUUGAAGCUAUCGAAACAGAAUCUCCCUAUAGUUGAUGUUCAGACCAUGCAAACGUCUCAUCCUUCCGUAUGGUGCGGUGGAGAUUUAGCAGGUGUAGCAGAAACCACUGUUGAAGCUGUCAACGAUGGAAAGAUUGCGGCUUGGUAUAUACACUCAUCACUAGAGGGUAUUCCCAAACAAACAAAACCAAAGUUACCACUAUUUCACACCGAUAUUGACGAAGUUGAUUUGUCGGUAGACAUUUGCGGUGUAAAAUUCGAGAACCCCUUCGGUCUAGCUUCAGCACCGCCUGUGACUAGCGCUCCAAUGAUAAGAAGAGCCUUCGAGCAAGGGUGGGGAUUCGUAGUCACUAAAACUUUCUGUCUAGAUAAGAAUGAGGUUACAAACGUCUCACCCCGUAUAGUUAGGGGUACUACAUCUGGAAGCAACUAUGGGCCCCAACAAGGUUCGUUUUUGAAUAUUGAAGUUAUUUCUGAAAAAUGUUUAAACUAUUGGCUGCAGGCAAUCACGGAACUGAAACAAGAUUUUCCAACUAAAAUCAUUAUUGCCAGUAUAAUGUGCGAGUACAUCGAAAAAGAUUGGCGGGAAAUAGCCAGUAAAGUAGAGGCAGCUGGUGCCGAUAUGCUGGAAUUGAAUUUAAGUUGUCCCCAUGGUGUGGGUGAGUCGGGAAUGGGUUUAGCUUGCGGACAAAUACCAGAAAUGGUGACAAAUAUAUCGAAAUGGGUCAGAAAUACAGUUCAAGUUCCAUUUUUCAUCAAAUUGACGCCGAAUAUUACUGAUAUUACAUUGCUAGCUCAAGCUGCUAAAGAAGGUGGUGCUUCGGGUGUUUCCGCUAUAAAUACAGUAUCAGGUCUGAUGCAUUUAAAUCCAGAUGGUACUGCCUGGCCAGCAGUCGGUGUUAAUAAAAGAACAACUUAUGGAGGAGUUAGUGGUAAUGCGACCAGACCAAUGGGGUUGAGAGCUGUCUCGGCAAUAGCUAGUAAAGUACCAGGACUAGCUAUUUUAGGUGUUGGUGGCGUGGAAUCAGCUGAAACUGCCCUCCAGUUUCUACAAUGUGGAGCUUCAGCUGUCCAAAUUUGUAGUGCUGUUCAAAAUCAAGACUUUACACUCAUCGAUGACUAUUGUACGGGGCUUAAAGCUUUGAUGUACCUGGAUGGUAAACUGAAAGGUUGGUUGGGACAAAGCCCUCCGACUUUUAAGAAUCAAAAAGGCAAAAUCGUUGUACCUGUCUACGAUGAACAAGGAAAGAAACUGCCUCAUUUUGGAACCUACCAGAAGAAACGUGAAGAAAUACUGGGCAAGCUUUAUAAAGAAUCCCAAGUCAAAGAAAUGGAAAUUCCUCACCAUGUUGAUCCAUCAACGGUUUCAACGAAUGUAACGAACGGUACAAAUGGAACCACGGAAUCUUCAGACCCAAAAUUACAGGAAUUUAUAGGUAGAGCUUUACAAAAUAUCGGGGCGUACAAGCUGUUGGACAAUAAAGAACAAGUUGUAGCUUUGAUUGAUGAUGAUAUGUGUAUCAAUUGUGGAAAAUGUUAUAUGGCUUGUAACGAUUCCGGUUAUCAAGCCAUUCAUUUUGAUCCAGAAACUCACAUUCCACGUGUAAAUGAUGAUUGUACAGGGUGUACAAUGUGUCUCUCCGUGUGUCCAGUCAUAGAUUGUAUUACUAUGGUACCAAAGACAAUUCCUCAUGUGAUCAAAAGGGGUAAAGUUGGAGCACCAGUGAAACUAAUACAUGCAUUAGAUGAACCGAUGUUGGCGCAAUAAAAUAAAUUAUUUUAUUAGAUGAUGAAAAUAUAUAUAUUUUUAAUAUGUAUUAUGUAUAUAAUUUGUUAUGAAAUUAAAAUUUUAAAUAAAAAUAAAGAGUAUGACGGGUUAUCCCUAUACUCCUUCUCUGAUUUCUUUAUAAUAAAAAAAAUAUUUCAACAAAUAUAGUAGCAAGGUAGAACAUUAUAGAAUAUAUUGCAAGACAUGUAUUUUCUAAUAUGCCUAAAAUGUUUAUUUUUUAUAUUAUACAGAUAUCUAUAUAUUAUUUAAUUAUUUUGGGGAACCUAUUAUUUUAUUAUCGAUAGGUAGAAUGGAAACAUAGUUAUUAGGGCCAUAGUCGGCGACGUAUUAUUCUAUUUCUGUCUAUUCAAGAGCAUUGUGUUUCCAUACCGUUCUCUUGGAGUUGGUAUUGGAAAGUUAACGUCCUGUAUGUAAGUAGUGCACGUCACUAUGCCCGAUUUUUCCCCAGAUCUGGAGAUUAAACCAAACCGGUAACACCGAAAUGCCUUUGAGUAAGCGUAUGGCAAAUUCUCAAAAUUCCUAAAUUUCCGUAGCAUUAUUCCAAAGUUUUCCCCAGAUUUUUAUGCAAUCCAAGAUGGUAACCACAUGAAAACAAAUUGCUCAUUACAUUAUUAUACUACCUUAAAGCAAAUACUUUUAGAUUUAUUUAUAGAAAUUCGCUCUACAAAAAAAAUAAUGAAACUGCUAAAAUGAUUAAUUACUGAUAGACAGGUUAAUCAUGAUAGAUCUGAAAAAUAAAUAAUGCAUUUAUUAAUACCGACUAUAAAAAUUAAGAAUUAAGAUUACAAGUCUAUGAAAUUAGAUGUUUCGAGCUAUAUUUAAAAAGUAUUAGAGA